AUGGCAACCGCGUUCAAGGCCCGGGAUUCAAGCUUACCACGUCUGUUUUCAUAAUCUUCGUUAUUUGCGACCUGAAGACGUUCUUAAUCAUCUGAUUUAAGCCAUUGAUGCUUUGAUAUUCUAUAUCGCGUUUCAAAUGCAUGGCCAUUGGAAUGUUUUUCAUGUUCCUCAUUGCAAAAAGAAGUCCACUGUCUCAGUUUCUCUCUGAUUAUUAUGCAAUUUCUCAUUACACAGAUAUGUAGACCCCACGUGUACGUCACCAUGCACUGGCUACAAGCAGUUUUCCUAACCGCCAUCUUGGAUUUCUGAUCGUAACAAGUCGAUUAUAUAUUUUUCCGGAGGAGGUGGACAAAUAAUGGUCAUGAAGAGGUCUUCUGAUUCAGAGACGCUUACGAAGCCGAAACGAAUUCGUUCGAGAGAAUUCGACGAUAACGGCGUUCGCGAUAGACUGUCUUCCCCAGACAGCGCGCGGGACAGUGGUUCCCCGAUCCGCCGAAGUUCUUCUUUGACAAGAAAGGUCGAUGUUAGGACGUAUAAACGCAGCUCAAAUGUAAAUAUGCGAACCGAAAACAACUACCAAAACCAGCGAAAGAGAACCGACCGAGAGUCUGAACCCCAAAUUCGACUCACAAAUCUUGACAGUCAUAUUGGAGAUCAGGCAAUGAAACAAGAAAUAUUCCACGAGUUCAAAAAGUUCGGAGGCGCCGAGAUGACCGUGCAUUUGUCCGGACGGGAUGACGACCGUUAUGGAGUUUUGUACUUUCGAAAUAUCGAUGAUGCUCGAGAAGUAAAGCGUGCUAUUGAGCGCCGUGGACGUCCUACACUGUUUGACCGACCGGUUAAUGUAGAAUACGAUUUUCAAGAAAGGACGUCUCGUCGAAGUUUUAGUCCGAACGAGUACCCGCAGAACUACAAUCGUCCGCCGUCUCCUGCACGCCGAACUCAACGAAAUACCCCACAGUAUGAUCUUGAUCGAAAUCGUGGAGAUAAUGAUCGUAAAAACUUCAAGAGUGGUGGAUCGUUUGGACAUCAAAAUCAAAUACGGCCUGCAGAGUACAUCCCUCCUGAAGAUGACCCAAAAGCUACGAGAACGCUGUUUGUCGGAAACUUGGAAACGAGCAUUUCGAGCCAAGAGUUGCGUCGUGCUUUUGAGAGGUUUGGAGUAGUCUUGGACGUGGAUAUCAAACGACCGGCUCGUGGACAAGGUAACACGUAUGCUUUUGUGAAGUUUGCAGAUCUUGAUGUUGCUGCUAAAGCGAGGGUGGAUAUGCAAGGUGAAAUUAUCGGUCGUAACCGCGUGAAAAUUGGCUACGGAAAAAGUCAACAAACUACCCGGUUAUGGGUGGGUGGUUUGGGGCAGUGGACGUCGAUUGUGGAGUUGGAGCGAGAAUUUGAUCGGUUUGGUGCUAUCAGACAGAUUGACUACGAAAAAGGCGAUGAUCAUGCUUACAUUUUGUACGACAGUUUGGAUGCUGCUUCGGUUGCUGCUCGUGAAAUGCGUGGAUUUCCUCUUGGUGGCCGCGAUCGCCGGCUGAAGAUCGAUUUUGCUGAUAAAGAUCAUUUACAAGACCCGCGUCUUCGGCAACCACUAAGUCCACCGAGAAACCGUAUCAAUAACCUCGACAGCAGGGUUGAUGAUGACUUGUUUGCUGUGGAACAGGGAGAUAGAACCUACGAAAGUGAUCGACUGUACGAACGAAAGCGUGAACCGUCGCCUUACCGUGGCCGUGAUUCUCAUCCUUCAAACGAAAGUGAUUUCAGAAACUGGCGUGAGGAAAGUAAUUCUUUCAAACAAGAUCUUGGUCGUCAGCAUGACCUUCCUCCUCAGAGAUCUUUCAGUUCUAACAGUUGGCCAAGGGAUGAGCAAAACGUUCGUAUUGAUGAGCCUGAUAACUGGGAAAAGAGGUCUCAAGACAGAAAUGCAAGGGGACAGCAGCGCUACAGGCAGCGAGCACCUCCAGUGGAAAAUUACCAACCAUAUGACCAUUCACCCAUACCUCCAAGAGAGAUUGAUAACAGCAGAACUGGAAAACGUAGACCACCUUCUCCUAUACGGACCAAAGACUACAGGGACAAUGGCAGUCCCCCUAAACGUCGUAGAAGCCCAAGAACUAGAUCUCCAUCUCCUAAUCAUGCUAACCACUCACGUACAACUUCACCUUCGGAUUCUCACCGCCGUUCAAGUUCUCUAGACAGACGCUUCAAUCGUUCUCGAGGAGAUCGGGGAGAUAUUUUGAGUACGGGCAAUGGUACUGAGCGAAAAAGGAGCAGCCUUGAUGAUGCUAAUGACAACAAGAUUUCCAGUGAUAAAGAAGAUUCCACCAAAGAUGUACAACCGAAGGAAUCAACUGGACAGGAAAAUGAGAAUCCUGGCUCUGCUGGAACAGAAACUUUACAAGACCUGGUUAAGAGAUUUGCAGUUGCAUGGCGUGGCGGACUCAUCCUUAAAAAUAGUGCAUUUCCUGUUCGGAUGCAUUUCAUUGGUGGAAAUCCGGAAGUCGCUGACUCAUUGCUUCGUUCUGAUGGAUCUGGAUCCUUGCAGAAUUCAGUUUUGCGGAUUACGCAGCGUCUUCGUUUGGACCAGCCUAAACUGGAGGAAGUAACUCGAAGGAUUAACACCGCUGGAGCUAGUGGUCAUUGCUUGUUGCUUGCUUUGCCUGGUGUUCAAACACCACUUCCUGAAGAUCCAAAUUCCGACGAACCUCUGCAACACAGACCAUUGAGGAAUCUUAUGACCUAUCUCAAGCAGAAACAAGCUGCUGCAGUUGUAAACCUUCCUGUGACUCCAGGAAAUCCUGCAACCACAAAGGAUGAUGUCGGUGUUUUGCAUGCAUUUCCACCAUGUCAGUUUUCUCAUGAGCAUUUGGUACGCAUCGCUCCACACUUGUCGCCUGAACCAUCAAAAGAGGAUCAUCUGGUCAUUCUUGUUAUCCGUGGCAGUGGCUGAAAAAUAAGUUUGUGCAUGGCUUGUGAAGUUUUUGUGUCAUUGUUGUAUGUUGCUUCAUUAUCAGAGGACUGGCUUGGAAAAAUGUUUGUAUUACCAGAAACUCUUGCGAAGUCCUGUCUUCAGUUUUCUCUGGAACUAAAAUAUGUUCAAAGCGCUUCGUCCACAUUUGGAUCAAGUUUGUAGCAUAAUAAACUGUAUCAAAAUCUCAUCAUUUUCCCUUGGAACUCUGAAAUUUCUCAAAGCUUCUCUGCAUUCUGAUGUCAGUUCAAGUUGUAUAUCUGAUAUAUCAGCAAGUCUUGCAGUGUGAGAAGUUCAGUCACCUUAAUACAUCUGUGUAAAAUCAUGCAAAUCACAAGUGGAAGUUGGACAUUGUGUUUAUAAUAUUGGUUCAAAUCCAUCUUCAAGCAGUGUUCAUUAAAAUUAUGAACUGUGGACUCUUAAAUUGUCAAUCGUAAUUUUUUUUGGUCAAGAACAAAAGGAUGGUGGAAAGAUUUCAUCUGUGGAUUAUGCUGGGAUCACUGAUCUUACUGAACAGAAUGAAUAACCAAAUCUGCAUCUGUUUCGAUUUGAUUCUCAUCAUUGAGUUAUAGUUUACAUGAUCAGGAGAUAUUUCGGUAUAACUGAAAAGCCAGAGAUUAGUGACCUGCAUUCCCAACUAUUCACAGGUGAAGUCCUUUCAUAGUAAACUGAACAACAAAGCAUAUCAGCCUCUUAGAAGCAACAAAACUGACAGUCAUGUGUAUUUUAAUUGGUCAAACUGCCAAAGAAGUUUGUUUUUAUUAUAUGUAUAAGUGUAAACUCAUACUCAACUUAAGUGGUCAAGUUUAUCAUUAGCAGGAAAAGGUGAAAAUAUGAAGACAAACAGUCUCUACAGUCAUUCAAGGUUUUGGUAGAUGUAGUUUGUUUAUAACAAUUAUAUCAAUGUUGCAUGGUAUAGGAAUUGAGGCUACAACCUCUUUCAUCUGUAUCUCAUUGGAGCCAUGUGGAAAGUGUGACCUCAUUGGUUCAUGUACGCUUGGCAUAUUCACAUACUUUUUAAUUCUUGACUGUAACGUUAAAUGGAAAUACGUUGUUCAUUAAACUGAUUAUGAAUGAGCAUU